AUGGUGAUGGAGCGGCUGGCGGACUUCGUCAGCAAGUCUUUGGAAGGUGGCGAGGCACCCGCGCCGCCCCCGGAGCCCGGGGAAUCGGACGACGUCGAUGAUGUGGAGGUGGACAUCACGGCGCUUGAGGAAAAGGCGCCGCCAGCCAAAAAACCGCGCAACUGGCUGGUAUCGCCUGUGCCAGUGCAGCAUUGCAAGAGGGAAUCUUCUAUGGAUGACGACGAUGAAAGCAAGCAUGAUCCGACGGACAAGUCCCUCAAUGGCGUGGGAAAUAACAGUGGCAAGCAAAGGCGAUCUAGAACUAACUUUACACUGGAGCAGCUCGGCGAAUUGGAGAGAUUGUUCGACGAGACCCAUUAUCCUGACGCAUUCAUGAGGGAAGAGCUCAGUCAACGACUAGGUCUCAGCGAAGCACGAGUUCAGGUCUGGUUUCAAAACCGACGAGCGAAAUGUCGCAAACAUGAAAGUCAAAUGCAUAAAGGUCUUCUGGUGGGUGGUGGUGGCACGCCUCUGGAGCCGUGCCGUGUAGCGCCGUACGUGUCAGUGCCUCGCCUGUCAGCAGUGCCUCGUGCCCCUCCCCCGCCGCCCCCGCUGCCGCCCCUGGCACCACACCCACCACCGCCAGCUGCGUUUGCGCCAUUCGAUUCUGCAUUGCUGUCCGCCGCUGCGCAUCAAUAUGCAAGUGCAGCAGCGGCGGCAGCGGCUGCAUUGUGUCCGCCGUACGCUGGGCUGGCGGCGCUCGCGGCCAGGUGCCGCUCGUCCUCCAUCGCCGACCUUCGACUGAAGGCGCGCCGGCACGCGGCCGCGCUAGCCGCAGCUAGGGCUCCGUCGCCGCCCGCGCCACCGCCGCAGCCCGCGUCCGCUUCUGCCGACACAUAG